UGGCUAAACACCGAAAGAGUACGGUAUAUAGACGACUGGCCCUCCCAGAGCCCUGAUCUUAAUCCAAUUGAGCAUCUUUGGCAUCAUCUUAAACUCAAACUGAGUGCGUAUGAACAGAAGGCCAAAGGUAUCCAUGAACUCUGGGAACGAGUGGAAAAAGAAUGGAAUUCUUUUACUGAUGAGGUAUGCCGAAGCUACAUAGAGAGUAUGCCAGCAAGAAUAAAGGCAGUUAUUGAUGCUAAUGGUGGACAUACCCGCUACUAA